AUGGGCGUGGAGGCAGGAAACAGAAUGAAGAGUCCUGUCUUACAGAAACCUCCGUAUGCCAGUGAAAAAGCCUGGUACUUGGAAAUGUGCGCGCGGAUGGCUUCCCAUCUCCAGUCUGAAUUAAGGACCAUCACUUUAUGGUCCCAGAGAGCACCCUUGGAAUGCUCCAUUUUACCACUUUUUGGUUUAGGGGACCAUUUCUGUGACCUCUUUGAGGACAAUGAUGAAGAUGUCUUUGUGGGCAGUGAAUGUGACCCACUCAUAUCUCUACUCCCAACCACUACCACAUCUCAUUUCUUACAUGUAGCUGUUGUGUUUUUACUGACUGCUUGUGAGUAUUCAGUGAUUUUGUCCACCAUGGCAGAAGCCGUGCUCCCAGCUCACCGAGCCUGCGACCGGUUUAAGACUGGAUGUGUAAAUACCACUGAAGUGGACAUCAAAAAGUCAUCCAGAAUGAAAAACCCACACAAAACACACAAGUCUGUCUAUGGUUUACAAAAUGACAUCAGAAGUCACAGCCCUACCCACACCCCCACACCAGAAACUAAACCUCCAACAGAAGAUGAGCUACAGCAACAGAUUAAAUACUGGCAAAUACAGUUAGAUAGACAUCGGUUAAAAAUGUCAAAAGUUGAUGAUAGUCUGUUAAGUUACACGGAACAAUUCUUAGAAUAUGACCCAUUUCUUGUGCCACCUGACACUUCGAACCCAUGGCUAUCUGAUGAUACUACUUUCUGGGAACUCGAAGCAAGCAAAGAACCAAGCCAGCAGAGGGUAAAGCGAUGGGGUUUUGGCAUGGAUGAAGCAUUGAAAGACCCCAUUGGGAGAGAACAGUUCCUUAAAUUUCUAGAGUCGGAAUUCAGUUCAGAAAAUUUAAGAUUCUGGCUAGCCAUGGAGGACCUGAAGAAAAGGCCUAUUCGAGAAGUCCCUUCCCGAGUGUAGGAAAUAUGGCAAGAAUUUCUGGCUCCCAGAGCCCCCAGCACCAUUAACUUGGAUUCUAAGAGCUAUGACAAAACCACACAGAAUGUGAAGGAGCCCGGGUGGUACACGUUCGAGGACUCUCAGGAGCACAUUUACAAACUGAUGAAAAGUGAUUCAUAUCCACGUUUUAUAAGAUCCAGUGCCUACCAAGAGCUUCUACAGGCAAAGAAAAAGGGGAAAUCUCUCACGUCAAAGAGGUUAACAAGCCUCGUUCAGUCUUACUAAAAGGAUCACCUUGUAGCAUGGAAGAGACUGGAGUCACUGCAUAUACUUUGUAGCUCUUUGUUAUUACCUGGAGCAGAGGACAUUAGACCAAGAUGUUGCAUGAGUAAAGGACCUGAAUUGUUCUCUCUUUGUGUACAUUAAGGCGUUGCCAUUUCAAGUGACUCUACCAUCUCGAUGCCUCCAUUUCAAAAUGCUGUCUGCUUACU